AUGACUCAGAAACUCAACAGAACUGCAUUGAGCUCCGGAUGGACGUUGUUCGAAACCGAUGCCCAAACCAAAGACGAGAUUCCUGUCAGGACCGUACCGUCUGUGGUCCAUCUUGACCUGAUCGAAGCGCAACGGAUACCUGAUCCGUUCAUCGGUUUCAACGAGCUCGAGGUCCAAUGGGUUGCCGAGAGAAAAUGGACAUACCGAACCACUGUCAAACGACCGGACGUGCGAGAAGAGACCCGGAUGGCCCUUGUCUUUGAGGGCCUCGACACCUUUGCAGACGUCAAGCUGAAUGGCAGGAGUGUCCUACACUCGGAAAACAUGUUUCUUUCCCAUCGAUGCGACGUGACGGACCUGCUGAAGCCCGACGUCGACAACGAAUUGCGCAUCGACUUUGGCUCGGCGCUUCUGAAGGGUCGGGAGAUCGAGAAACAGCAUCCCGAGUACGACUUCAAGAGCGUGGCCUCCAUCCCGGGAGAGAACGGACGAGUCGGCGUGCGCAAGGCACAAUACCAUUGGGGCUGGGACUGGGGUCCAGUGCUCAUGACUGCUGGACCAUGGCGACCCAUAUGGCUCGAAACUUAUCAAUCCCGCAUUUCGAAUGUCUGGUUUGACAUACAAGUCAGCAACGACAACCAAUCCGCUUCGGGCCAGAUUUUUGUUUCAAGCGAGGGUCGCUCAAAGAGCGUGAAGAUUGAGGUGACACAAGAUGGAACGGCUGUCUUCGAGCAAGAAGCACAGACAGGCGCAGAUGGCUUGAACGCGGUCAAUAUCACACUUGAGAAUCCGAAGCUCUGGUACCCUAACGGUUACGGUUCUCAGCCGCUGUAUGAAGUCCGGGCUCGACUUUCCGACGAUGCCGGACUCUUGGAUGAAGUCGUCAAGAAGACUGGCAUCCGACGAGCCGAGCUCAUUCAGGACGAAGAUGAGAUUGGUGAAAGCUUCUAUUUCAGGGUGAAUGGGGUCGAUGUCUUUGCAGGCGGUUCGAACUGGAUUCCUGCAGACAACUUCUUGCCUCGUGUAACAGAACAGAAGUACAGGGACUGGCUGCAGCUUGUAAUCGAAGGUGGGCAGAACAUGGUUAGAAUCUGGGGUGGCGGCAUCUAUGAAGACGACAAAUUCUACGACACUUGCGAUGAAUUAGGUAUCAUGGUCUGGCAAGACUUCAUGUUUGCCUGCGCCAGCUAUCCUACCUAUCCCGAAAUCCUGGCAUCGAUUGAGGAAGAAGCUCGAUGCAAUCUCCGCCGCCUGCGACACCAUCCGUCAAUCGUGCUGUACGCUGGCAACAACGAGGAUUAUCAGAUGCAGGAGAUGUGGAAACUUGACUAUGUCAAAGAGGAUAAAGACCCACAAUCUUGGUUGAAGUCGACCUUCCCAGCGAGGUAUAUCUACGAGAAGCUUCUACCCGACGUUGCCGUUGAAGGCGCACCAGACGUCGCUUACUGGCCGUCUUCGCCUUUCUCGAGAGGCGAGCCAUGCAACGACCUGAAAAUAGGAGAUGUACACCAAUGGAACGUCUGGCACGGGGCCCAAGAGAAGUAUCAAGUGUACGAGCAGAUUGGUGGCCGUUUCAACAGCGAGUUUGGCCUCGAGGCCUUUCCAGCAUUGCAGACGAUCAAAGACUUCGUCUCCGACCCAGCAGAUUUGCAUCCGCGGUCGGCAGUCAUGGACUUUCACAAUAAGGCGGAAGGCCAUGAGCGCCGUAUUGGCCUGUAUCAAGCUGAGAACUUCCGGCCAGUAUCGAACUUAGAGAGUUUCGUGUACCUCACCCAAGUCUCCCAAAGCGAAGCCAUGUACUUUGCGUAUAAGCCCUGGCGACGCCAAUACGGGGAGAGCCGACAUUGUGGAGGUGCUCUCGUCUGGCAGAUCAAUGACUGUUGGCCGUGCACAUCGUGGGCAUUGGUAGAUUACCAUCUCCGCAAGAAGCCUGCUUUCUACACUAUCGCACGCUGCCUCGCACCUGUCGCCGUGGGGGUGCAGCGCGAGUACCGCGAUUGGAGUGUCAUGCACGCGCGUCCCGCGAAGACGACGAAGUGGAAGCUCUGGGUGGCCAGCAGCCGGCUUGAAUCGUUCGAGGCACAGGUCGAGUUACGAUUCGUGUCUAUCAAAACAGGCAAAGAGAUCAAACCAGCGUGGAAGAAGACCUGCAGAGUCGUUCAAAACGGAACUACAGCUUUGCUCGAGGGCGAGACACAAAACGAGAAAGAGGAACCUCAUGUCCUUGCUGCUCGUGUUGAUGUCGAUGGAGUCUGCAUUGCCCGUGACACCGACUGGCCCCAGCCUUUGAAGUAUCACUCAUUCGAGGACCGCGGGCUGCUUAUCACGAAGUCCGGCAAAAAGCUGAGGAUCUCCGUCGAAAAGCCCGUCAAGGCGCUGGUGGUUGAUGAGAUUGACGGGGUAAAAUUCAGCGACAACUGCUUAGACGUUGUGCCAGGCGACGAACAGACAAUCGAGAUCAAACAAGGAGAUGUGGAUGCCGAUGGUCUGGUUUGGCGGUAUCUUGGAUUCGAGGAGGGGGUGCGCGGCGCACAGAGGGAGUCAAAAAUUUGA